AGUCCCCGCAUCCCGCUCCGCUCCGGUCCCGCUCAGCUCCGCGGGUGUGGGAGGUGCGGGGCUGUCUGCCCGGUACAAAGUUCUGCUGCUUGUCGGAGUGUCGCUUUAACAACGAGCGGAAGCGGAGCGUCACGGGGCUGCGAUGCCGCUCAGCGGGGCGUGACCGCGCUCACAGCCCGCUUGGCAGCGAUUGCUGCCCCGCAGCGCCGCCUCUGCACCGUGUCCGUGGGGUCCGCUGCGUCAGCGCCGUGUAACCACCGUGUAACAACCACCGCGUAACCACUGUGUGACCACCGCGAGGUCAGCGGGACUUUGUGCCAGUUUGGGUGUCCGAUGGCCGCAGCAGCCGCACGGGCUGUGAUGAGGGCGGUGCGGGUGUCGGAGUUCGGGGGCCCCGAGGUGCUGCGGCUGCGGGCUGAUGUCCCCAUCCCCGCCCCGAAGGACACGCAGGUAUUAAUUAAGGUCCACGCCUGUGGCGUAAACCCUGUUGAGACCUACAUCCGUUCUGGGAAUUACGCUAGGAAACCAGCUUUGCCUUACACCCCCGGCUCCGAUGUGGCCGGUGUGAUUGAGAGCGUUGGGGAACGUGUGACUGCAUUCAAGAAAGGUGACAGGGUUUUUACCUCUGCUACGCUCUCUGGAGGAUACGCAGAUUAUGCAGUUGCUGAAGCUGAUACAGUCUUUCCUUUGUCGGAUAAGCUGAAUUUCAGUCAAGGAGCAGCGGUUGCAAUACCCUACUUCACAGCUUACCGUGCUCUUUUCCUAAAAGGCCGUGCCAAAGCAGGGGAAAGUGUGCUAAUCCAUGGUGCAAGUGGAGGUGUGGGAAUAGCAGCGUGUCAGAUUGCCAGAGCUUAUGGCUUAAAGGUUUUGGGCACAGCAGGAACUGAGGAGGGUAUGAACAUUGUUCUGAGAAAUGGUGCUCACCAAGCUUUUAAUCACAGAGAAGCUAAUUAUCUUGACAAAAUUAAGGAAUACACCAAGAUGCAAGGAGUUAAUAUAAUAAUAGAAAUGCUCUCCAACGUUAAUCUGGCUGCUGACUUACAUCUGCUGUCCCAUGCAGGAAGGGUGAUGGUUGUGGGCUGCAGAGGUUCCAUUGAGAUAAAUCCCAGAGAAACCAUGAACAAAGAGUCCAGCAUAAUAGGAGUUGGUCGGUUUCUUGAAACUGAGGAGGAGAGGCGUCAAUGUGCGCAGGUGGUCCUUGAAGGCAUCGAGGCUGGAUGGCUGAAACCAGUCGUGGGCCCCGAGUACCCACUGCAGGAAGUAGCGAGGGCUCAUGAAGACAUAAUUCACAGCAGUGGUGCUCGAGGAAAGAUGGUGCUUCUGCCAUGAAGUAUUUCUCCUUUUACUUUAUAGCUGUUCUAACUGCACCUUUGCUUACAUGAUUCACUGAAUAUAUUUUUGUAAAAUGCAUUUUAAUCAGGUUUCAGAACAGCAAGUGCUAGCUGACAUUAAUUAAUUACAUUGAUUAAUUAGCAAUGUUUUCUUUUUGUACAAGCAACGUUGGGCCAAAUUUAUGGUAAUUUUUAUAACUUUUUUUGGCUGAUGUGGAAAUAACAACUUCACUGGCUUGACACUGUGAUGGAAAACUGGUGCUGGGGAAUAUGGCAUCUCAGCUGGAACCUGAUAUAAAGCACUACAUGAAGGUAUAGUGAGGGCACCGGGGAGCUGUAAGCAGUGCAGAGUGAAGCCUUUGUGAGCAGAUGGACAAAGGUAUAAAGCCAGUGAUACACACAUAA